AUGUUCUACAACGACUUUGGCACCUCUGUCUUCCCAGGAUGCUAUUGGGGUAGCUACGGCUAUCCUCUGGGGUACAGCGUUGGCUGUGGUUUCGGCAGCACCUACUCCCCAGUAGGCUAUGGCCUUGGCUAUGGUUACAAUGGCUGUGGGGCUUACAGAAGAUACUGGCCUUAUGCUCUCUACUGA